AUGAGGAAGAAGUGUCCGCUUCGUCGAAAGAUGUACGAAAGUUCGUGUUCGUAUCAAGGAGCUUUGGAAUUAAAAAGAAGUGCAUCAGCAACAUGCCCCUUGGGCAUUAAAACUGAAGAUUUUUCCACUGCUUCAGACUGGCCAGCCUACAGGUUCUGCAAUCCAAGUACCUUCGAACAACUAAAGCAGAGUGUAGAGAAAGCCAAGGCUGCUCUUCAGGACCGAAGUAGUUUUUUCGGUAACGGUAGUGCUUUCAGUGACUUGUAUAAUGUGUCCACAGGAAGAUCGCAAGACAAUAUUCAAGACAGUUCUAGUAGACUAAGAGACAAUAACGAAAUUGAUAUUAAAAGAAGUGGUUGCAGUAAUAGUAAUGUUGAUAGUGAGUGUUUGGACAUUGUUGUUUCACUAUUGGAAUCGUCAUUAUCAAGAAGAACUGAAGUUGAUAGAAAAAAAAUUAUUAUGAAUGAAAGGCCUACUCCAACAUUGCGUAUUGAUGAAAAAGAUGGGGAAAAGGUGCCUACUUUUAAUUGUUCUUGGUAUGAUGUCUAUAAAUGCUUGUCUGGAAGUAUUACGAAAAACACACUAUAUUGUUGGCCGUGUUUGUUAUUUUCUAGUAAGGAAUGUGUAUGGAAUUGUGAAGGAUACUUUGAUUCAAAAAAUAUGUCUGCCUCCUUAAAAAAACAUUCCAGUUGCAAGGAACAUUUAAGUAAUUUCCUUUCCUUUAAGGAUGUACAGAAGAGGGCGUUUUUUGUUCGCGAUUUGCUAGAUGAAAAAUCAAAAAUCGCAAAACUUAGAUACAACGCAGAAAUUAAAAUAAACAGAGAAAUCAUUAAAAAAUUAGUUUCUUUAACUUGUACUUUAGCGAAAUAG